AUGGCGGCCGACCAGGGCCGGCGGCAGCGGAAGAUAACUUGCGAAGACACCAGACAGAGGUCCGUCGGAAUCACUGCCAGGAAUUCCGUGAUAUCACCUGUUGUAGCGGUUACCUUACUGCUUGCCCUCCUACCUGAAGCAGUGGCGAAAAAUCCGUUCGGCCCUGCGUUGAAAGCGUUCAACCACAGCGUAGACGUUCAAAAGAUUCGCGACGUCACUUGGGAAAGGUACCUCCUCCUGUUGUCCACGCCCCAGGUUCCAGAGCGGUACAUUCCAGACCUUCCCCAAGCUAAAUGGGGCGACUCGGUGCGGAAGUACUCCGUGCGGAACUGCGGCUCGCGCUACGACGCGGUGCAGUACGAAGAGCUGCGCCUCAGGCCGGACCCGCUCAGCUUUCCGGGCUCCGUGUUCGUCACGUCGGCCAUCAAGGUGUCCAGAAACGUCACCGCGCCCAUCAAGGUGAACAUCAUCAUGAAAAAGAAGGUCUACUUGUGGGUCACAGUUCCCUGCGUCAAUGACUUUGGUUCCUGCGACUACGACGACAUUUGCGACGUCCAGGACUGCCCUCUGUUCUACGAUUUCUUGGGGCUGCCGUGCGGAUGCCCUAUAAAAGAGGGGGACUAUUCUGUACGUAACAAGGAGUUCGAAGUGCCGGCGCUGCUACUUCCGGAUUGGAUAACGUCGGGAGACUACCAAGUCACUGUGAAAGCCAGAAGUCGGAGUGAACCCCUUUUCUGUGUACACUUCACGUUGUCACUGAAGUGACGUCGAUCUCAAGAUGUUUUACGUUGCUACGUUUUGUUCGCUUAGCCCGGAGUCCACUCAUCUUAUACACGAACGU